CAUGCGCAUCUUCCCUGGGAAACAGGCGCCCGAAGGUUCUGGGCAUGCGUAUCCGCUGGGAGGCGGGGCCUAGAAUUCUCGCGGGCGCGGCCCCCCCCACCCAUCGUGCGGAGUGUGCGCAUGUGCCGGCUCCCGGCGAGGGCGAAGGAAGGGUCCACUCGGCGCAUGCGCGUUGCCCCGGAGACGGGGGGCCCCGGCACUGAGACGGGGCGGCAGAGCGGCCGCAGGCUGGUUCCGGGCGCGGGGCAUUGUGGGAUCGCGGCGGUGCCAGGAGACCCAGGGGGGGCCCGGGCGCCAUGUUCUGGAAGUUCGACCUGCACUCCAGCUCGCACAUCGAGACGCUGCUGGAGCGAGCCGACCUGACGCUGCGCGAGCUGCUGGACGAGGACGAUGUGCUGCAGGAGUGCAAGGUGGUGAACCGCCGGCUGCUGGACUUCCUGGUGCAGCCGCAGCACAUGGAGGCGCUGGUGACCUGCGUGACCGAGGAGCCCCCCGCCGAGCUGGACGAGCGGCUGCGCUACAAGUACCCCAGCGUGUCGUGCGAGAUCCUGACGUCAGACGUGAGCCCGAUCACGGAUGCGCUGGGCGAGGACGAGGGGCUGCUGCGGCGUCUCUACGGCUUCCUGCAGGGCCACGGGGUCCUGAACCCGCUGCUGGCCAGCUUCUUCAGCAAGGUCAUGGGCAUCCUCAUCAACCGCAAGACAGAUCAGAUUGUGGCCUUCCUGCGCAAGAAGGACGAUUUCGUGAGCCUGCUGCUGCGGCACAUCGGCACCUCGGCCAUCAUGGACCUGCUGCUGCGCCUGCUGACCUGCGUGGAGCAGCCGGUGCUGCGCCAGGACGUCUUCAAUUGGCUGAACGAGGAGAAGAUCGUGCAGAGACUGAUCGAGAUGAUUCACCCCUCGAAAGACGACAAUCAACAUUCCAACGCCUCCCAGUCCCUGUGUGACAUCAUCCGACUGAGCCGGGAGCAGAUGAUGCAGAUCCAGGACAGCCCCGAACCCGACCAGCUGCUGGCCACGCUGGAGAAGCAGGAGACGGUGGAGCAGCUGCUGGGGAACAUGCUGGCGGGCGAGCGGGACGAGUCCGUCAUCGUCAGCGGGAUCCAGGUGCUACUGACGCUGCUGGAGCCGCGCCGAGCCAGGUCCGAGGCCGGGGGGAUGGGCAGCUUUUACUGCCCCCUGGAAGGGCAGCUCGAGCUGGGGCCUCUGGGCUCGGACGGCAGCGCCUGCCAGGCCAGUCCCAGCACCCUCCUGGCGCUCAGAGGUUACCUCCGGGACUUCCACCAGCUGCUGAUCGACCCCCCAAAGCGCCCGGCCCUGCAGAUGACGUGGGGGCUGCUGGACCCGCCGCUGGGGAACACGCGGCUGCAGGUGGUGAAGCUGCUGGGCAGCUCGCUGGGCGCGGGGGACGCGGGGCUGCAGGAGGAGCUGCUGGGCCUGGACGCCCUCAACACCAUGCUGGACCUGUAUUUCACCGACACCUACAACAAUUUCCUGCACGCCCAGCUGGAGGCGUGUCUGAGCACCCUGCUGCGGGCCGGCGCCCCCCCCGAGGACUCGCAGCCCCCCCCAGACAGCCCCGUCGUCAAGCAUCUGCUGCAGAAAUGCCGCCUGGUGCAACGAAUCCUGUCGGCCUGGGAGGAGAACGAGCAGACGCAGGCGGCCGGAGGCCAGCGGAGGGGCUACAUGGGCCAUCUGACGCGCAUCGCCAACGCCCUCGUGCAGAGCUCCGAGAAGGGCCCUCACGUCGCCCUCGUGGGGCAGCUGCUGAAAGAGCUGCCGGAGGAGGAGCAGGAACAGUGGGAGAAAUUCGUCUCGGGGCCCCUGGCAGAGACCAACAAGAAAAACGUGGUGGAUCUGGUGAACAUGCACAAUCUGCACUCGUCCAGCGACGACGAGGAAAACGACCUGAAGGAGUUUAACUUCCCCCAGGAGGCCGUGCUGCAGCAGGCCUUCGUGGAUUACCAGAUGCAGCAGGUGACGUCGGCCUUCAUCGACCACUUCGGCUUCAACGACGAGGAAUUCGGGGAGCAGGAGGAGAGCGUCAACGCCCACUUCCGCCAACUCAAGAGUGCCCCCUUCGACAGGACGGGCAGCCUGAGCUUCUCGUUGAGCGCCGACGAUGACAGUCCCAACUCCAACCUGUUUGAAGUCUGCUACAAGGAGCGGAUCCAGCAGUUUGACGACGACGACUCGGACGGGGAGGACGCCUGGCAGGAGAAGGAGCUGGGCUACUCCGGGGGGGGGCCGCAGCCCACAGGGCCCAGGAGCCGCGGCAGCACGGACAGCGAGGGCAGCCGGGACUCGGAGGAGGAGGAAGACGCGGGCGGGGGCGAGGAGGGCGGAGGCGGCGGCGGCGAGGCCGAGGGGGCCAGCCCUGACCCGGAGCCUGCAGAGGCCCCCGCUCGGCCCCCCCCCAGCGGCGGGGUGGACACUGGAGUGGCCGUGUGGGACAGGCCCGGCUCAGACGCCUCCCGCCCCCCCACGGAAGGGAGCUGGGCCCUGUUUGCAGAGGCGCUCUCAGCGCAGACCAGCCUGUCAGAUGCCCCGUCAGGCUCUGCCCAGGGACCCCACCCUCAGGAACCGACAAGCAGCAAUGUAUCUUCAGGGGGAGCAGCCCCCCUGGAGCCCCCCCGUGCGGGAUCGCCCUGCGAGAGCAGCGACCUGGCGCUGAACGGCCAAUCGGCGCCUCCGCCCGGCCCCGCCGCAGCCAGGCCGAACACGGAAGGGGCCCCCCUAUCUACCUCUGAUGCCCCCCAGCGGCUCCCGGGGGCUGCGGCCGCCCCGAAGGCGGAGAACGGCGCCCCCCAGAGGCAGCAGCAGCCAGCAGCCAGAUAAGGCUCGCGGAGGGCGCCUGGGGAAGCUGCUGAUCGUGGGGGGGCUGGGGGGAGCCCCCCCUCCCGAAGCCCGGCCCGCCCAAGGAGAGCUCAUUCCCGCGGGGGGGGGGGCAGUAUAGGACGGGGGGGUCACAGUCCCCCCCAUCACAGGAUGCUCAUGGCGAGAUGGCUGGGCGCCCCCCCAGGGAGGCUGGUGUUUGCCCCCCCCGGCAUGGCCCCCCCCCCCCUUUUUGCACUGAAAUCGGCGGCUGAGCGACGGAAUUCAAAGCGAAUCGUUCGGAUAAGUGACUCUGGGAAGCACUAACACCCCCACUGGCCCCCACCUCCCAUG